CGCACGUCACAGCUUAUAUUAUUUUCUUUCUUCACCAUUUUUUCUCUCUGACAGAUGUUCGGAGAUUAUAAAAUAAGCGCCCUCCAACAACCAAUCAAGCUCAAAUUGUGUUCCUGGCUUUCUGUCAGCCACGAUGAGUUCAUCCGACCGGAGGGGGCUCGGGAGGAGGCAGGCGACGCCGUGCGCAGCCUUUCCUCUCUCAUCUGCGUGUCGGCCGGCAUAGACCUGCUUGGGUCUCGACUGCUUUGCUCGACGCUUUGCUUGCCGGCUAGGGUCGCCCGCCUGCGGGUUUUUCUCGCGGAAAGGAGACGGAGAGGGUCUUUCUCCCGCCACCCACCCACUUUACGCUCUGCUUUCCGAUUGGCGCAGCCGCUAGCCUGCCUGACACCAGCCUGCGACUCCCGCGUUCCUCGCCUUGCUCUGCUCGCUCCACCUCCCUUCUCCCGGCUCGCUCCACCCCGGCUCGCUGUCGUCGUCGUCGUCCUCCGCCCCCCGCCCGGCAGCUUCGGCAAUAGCAGCAGCAGCUGUCUGUGCCGCUAGUCCGCCGUCCUCCCAGCCGCCCGCCAUGGCUCGCGCGGGGGCCUCCUCCUCCUCCCCGCCACCGCCGCCACAGCCUCCCUUGCCUCUCACUCGGGAGGCGGCCGAGGAGGAGGAGGAGGAGGAGGAGGAGGAAGACGACGGCGAAGAAGACGGAGAGGAGGAGGAGGAGGAGGAGGAAGAUCCCCCAGCCCGGGCUCUCAUGCCACGCUCCUCCCCGGUGCCCAGGCCUCAGCACUCCAGCGCCCCAGAGAGCUGCUCUUCGUCAGAGGACGACGGGGAGGAUGAUGGGCACCACCAGCACCCUUGCUUGGCCAGGCCACUCUCUGAGCAUCCUCCAGGCCUACCUGGGCCACCUUCCCAGCAUGCAGUGCAGGACAGCCGAGGGCUCCCCUCCCAGCAUGCUCAAGGGCACCCUGGACUGUUUUCCCAACAUGCCACUGCAGCUGCCACCCCCAUGGAGGAGCCCUCUCAGCACACCGCAGGCCGGCAUGUGCUGUUUGCUGAUGCCUUGGGCCUGCCCUUGGCACGCUGGCGGCGCUAUCAGCCUUGGCCACCGCCUUCUCCAGAGUCUCCCCCUGAGGUGGUGCCUUCCUUGGCCUCCCUCCCUCCCUCCACAAGUACCCCCUACCUUUUGCCAUCCUUUGUGUUGCAGCCAGUGGGGCAAGAUGAGGAUGAGAAGCUUGAACGGCUGCACCAGGCCAAGGUAGAAUUGGAAGAAGUUUUGCCACCAGAGCCUGGAGAGCCACGAGUGCUUCGUGGUACUGUGCGUGUGCUCAACGUUUCUUACCACAAGGCUGUGCAUGUGCGGGCCAGCAAAGACAGGUGGCAAAGUCACCGGGAUUACCCCGCCCUCUAUAUUCCAGGGGGCUCGCCAGAUGGGGGCCUGACUGACCGCUUUGCCUUCCGCCUGGACUUUGGCGAUGAGGAUGAGGAAGAUGAGGAAGAAGGAGGAGCCCGGCUUGAUUUUGUGGUGCGCUAUCAGACCGAAGAAGGAGUUUACUGGGCCAAUAACCAGGGCAAGAAUUAUAGUGUGGUACUGAAGGGGGCAGCGGCUACCCAAGUUCUACCCACAAGGUCUUCUAAAGAAGGUGAAUCACAUCGGCUCAAGAGCUGUAUGAGGCCAGUCAAAAUCAGUGCCCUCCAGAACAAUUGGCCUCUAACUCCCCAUCAACCCCAAGAUGAAACUCCCCAGCAUAUGACCAGGACCCAGAAACAUAGCCAGAAAUACUGGUCAGGUGAAAAUGAGCUGCAAGUAGAGGACAUAGCUCAGUAUAUUUAUUCUGAAGAAACAAGUGUUGAAGGAAAUCUAUCCAAGGAAUUUCCAAACUCUUCUCUGAUGCAGCCUUCAACUCCAAUAAAACAGAUUCCAGAACUCACAAUUACUGCUAACUCACCAGAAAAGAAGGACCCUUCUAAAGAUCAUCUCGUAGAUUUUACUGACUCCCCACAGGGACAUGCUAUCAGGGUCCACACUACAUCUCAUGAGGAGCUGAAAGUGCCAUUGGGUUUCAUGCUAGGUGCUGAACCCCAUCCCUUGGGACAGUGGGAUGCUCCUGAAUUCAGCAAGUGUGACCUCACCACAGAGGGCUCCUUCAUGGACGAAUGCAUGGAGGAACAGUUGAAAAGAUACCAAGAGCUGCCCCAUCGUUUGGAGGAAGAUGCCAUAGAUCGAGAAUUGGAACAGCUUUACUUGUCCCAUCUGAGCCGGCUUCGAGCAGAGGAGCUUGGAGGAAGAGGAGACUGGUCUGAGGAGAGCUCAGGCAACAACACCAGUCCUGUACCAUCUCUCAUUGCAUUGCGUCAGAGUGUCUUGACUGAUCGUGACCUGAUAGUCAACUGGACAGGCCCAGAGAGAGCACUCAACAGUUCCCUGGCAAAAGAGAUCACACUGUAUUAUGCUAAGCAACGGGGCGAUGACUCCAGAGAUAGUGAGGAGGAGGGAAUUAUGGCAGGAUAUGCAACACAGGGACCACCUGAGGUGGUGGGAUCAGGCCGUGAUAGCCCACCAGUCUUACUAGAAGGCUGCUUUCUAAAUCAUCUGGAAGAGGGAAAUGUCCAACAGAGUCCAAUGAAGGACUCUGACUCCUUUCCCAGCUUGAGAGUGGUGGCACCUAACACCUUGAGGCCAGUAAUUCCAGAGGCUAUGGUGAUGCCCCUUGUAGUUCCAGCCAGGACACUAGUGCCCCUACCAAAGCGGCCCACAGACCUGCCAUCCAGCCCUCUUGAUGCCCCUGGACAAGGCAAGAGCCAGGGCUUCUUGAUAGGGCAUGGCAGCCUCUGGCUAGGUGAGGGCCUUCAUGUCCACAAGCCCCCUGAAACCAGCCCUGUUCCUCAUAAUGAACUUGAAAAAAUCUUGACACGCUCCCUGCGGUUCCUCAGCCUCUUUGUCUUCCUUCCCGUGGUUUUCAACAGCUGCAUGCCUUUGGUGGCCGUUACACUUUACCUCCUUUUGGAUUGGUUCUCAUAAUUGGUAUGACUCUCAGAAGUGCCAAAGGCUCAUGAGAAGAUCUGUAACUUGGCUCUAUUCCUGUUUCACCUGAUCAGCUAAAAAUUUGGCAGUAGUAUCAGAUCUUUUUAGAGUUAAUAGCACAUCUAUUCUAAAUUUCCCAAGGUUCAGAACUAUUUAUUUUUAUUAAAUCAUCUGGUAUAAGAGAUGAAUUGCUUGGACAAUAAAAAUGAGCUUUAUGUGACACUUGCCAUGAAUUGGAUCUGAGGUAGCAUUUGUAAGACUCAGAGCAGGUGACAGAGGGCUCAAAGCCCCAAUAGCCCUCCCAUUCUCCCUUUGCACAGUUUAUUCAAGAAGUUUAGAAGCAAGAGCAUUGUCCAUCCUUCAUUUUCAAAUAUAGAGAGGCAACUAAGCCUUAUCUGAAAGGCCUCAAAUCCUAGUCAAAGAGCCAGAAUAUUAUUUCUCUUUUCAGUCUUUAAAAACAAAAUUCGUUGUUAAGGUUUAGUAGACUUUAUCUCUGUGUCUUUGGCCUUGCUCUUUCAGGUACUUGGCUGAAAUCCAGUUAGCUUACUUAUAAGAAGCAAGUCAUUAAUUUAUUUCCAAUUUGGUAAUGAGGCAAACAUUUCCUAAAAGAACCAUAUUCUUUGAUAUUUUUACAGACAUGCUCUUAGAGGGCUUUGACUGUAACUUAUUUUGUGACAAAGCAAAACAUUAAUAUUAAGGGAUAAUUUCAGACUAUUUUAGAAUCUUAACAAAUCAAACAUUUACAUUUCUAGGAAAAAAAGUCAAAAUGGCCGAUGUAAAACUUAAGAUAGAAUGUUUUGUUUAAAUUUUGUAUGCCCAUUCUCUAUAUAUUAGUGCAAAGUUUGGCAACUAAAUUCCUAGUAAGUAUGAGGAGCCUUUGGUUUUUAUUAUAUUACAAAGUACCAGCCUGUUCUGUCUAAGAGAUUUGGAGAAAUCAACUAGCUAGCUCAGUUUCUAUCUUGCUUUUCUCAUGUGCAAGUACAAAUGAUUACUAAUUAAGUGAAUUCUGCAUUAACAAACAAACAAAAAUCCCAUUGAGUUAAAAAUGACCCCACACCUAGUGCUAAUCUAUUGUAGAAGUUCCUUUGGCUCUUUGGGAAAGAAUGUAGGCUUAGACCUGAAUAUACUACCCCGUGACUUAGCAGUCUCUCAAUGUGAAAAAGACUAAUUAACAGAUGACCCCUAAUCCCCAUUUAUUUUUACAAGGCUGGGAAAUUGUAAAUAUGUUUUGAAAAUAUCAUGAAGCACUUUCUUUCGGAAUGUUCUCCUGUGCCAGCCUCAGUGAAUUUAACAAGAAAAGUCCAAAGGCAAAAUAGCACUUUUGUUGAGCACCUGAUUUCAGAAGGAUUUGUGCAAUCCUGCAUUGUGCUCCACGUUUCUGUAAUUUCCCAUUAUUUGAAUGAAACAGGGAGACAGACAGAAGUUUUCCAUUCCAAAGAAGAUGGCAGCAUUUUCAGUUUUUUGUCCGUACAGCUUCUGCAAAAUACAAUCACAACCAUUCCAGAUGGCCUCAACAAUCGCGCAGCCAAGUUCCAUUCAUGCCCCUAUCCUGAGCCAUACCCAGCUUCUUAGGAAGAAACUUUGGACUGCUGACUGUCUGUGCUUCUAGGACCCCUUUUCACUCCUGGAUCCUACAAUUCUCUGCCACUGGCAGGGUCCAACGUAGAGGACUACAGGAAAGCUCCUUAAAACAGAUGGCCCCAUAUUUAUUUUUGUACCUGGUGGGAAGGCUGACUUUUUCUACCGUAGAAUUCAUCCCAAGAUAGAGAUUUUAUUUAUUAACAACUAGCAGUACAAACCCAGGCUGGUGGGUUUGUAGAAGAUUAAAAUAAUUUAUAUAUACAUGUUUGAUGUCCGCAGCAAAAGAGUAGAUUGGAAACAUCCUGUGUCUUUAUGUGCAAUAGGUUGAUAUGGCACUGAACUUGCUGUAAGAAGAAAGCCCACCCGCUUUCAUGCUGCUAAAUGUUUUUCAUUAACUUCCUCUUGAAUGUUGUACUGUCAACAGCUGCUGUGAUAUAGCUUGUGGGGCCUUGUGGAGGAAGUGGAGAUAUUUGUAUGGGUUCUGAAGCCACUUCUGUCUGCUGAUCCAGACAUGAUCCUGCUUUUCCCAUCCAUUUGGUGAAUGCUCUUAAUUAAGGAACAUAGGGAGGUUUGGAAAGUGGAAUAUUGUUUGUGCUUCAUGAAGAGAGAUCUGUCCUGACGUCAGUCAUCUUAAGAAAAAUCUGUAUUUUCCAGAUAAAAGCUGAGAUCAGAAUGUAAUUAGCAGUCACGGCUAUAUGAGUGUGUGUGAGUGAGUGAGUGAAUGAGUGAGUGAGAAUGUACACAUUCUUUUCUUAAUUGUCCCAUGGUUAACAUUUUUUGAUGUCCUACUAUUGUUCCUUCUGCCUUAUUCAAACUGUCAGAUCCUUCAUCAAACAAAUAUGUCUUAUACAUAUUCCACACCACAUAAGUUCUGAAAAUUAUUUGGUCCCUCCAUUUGGCUACAAAGCAAGCAUUGAUUAUACUUCACGUGUCUAUAGGAACACUGGUCAAAGCCAAAAUCUUCAUAAAUGAGCAGGCUGCCUCUGGUGGCAGAUUGUUGAAUAACAUUAAGGACUGCACAGUGGGAUAUAAACAUAUAUUAUGGAGUAUUAUCCUUCAGAGAGUUCUUCUGCACAACUUGUAUUGAAAUGCAAAAUAUCUGCAUAAAACAUUGCUGUGCUUUUUGCACAGCUCCUGGUCAAAUAAGUUAAAGUGCAGGAGAAUUUAUAUGCAGAAUGUGCUUCAUGUUAAUUCAUAAGAGAUUUCUAUGGAUUUGGGGAUACCCAAUUUCAAAGUAUUUUGAAUUAGCUCUUGUAAAACCAGGCUUACUUCAGUGCUUUUACUUUAUAUUGUUUUUGUUAACUAUCAGCAUUCAGCUGGCCAAUUUAGAGUACAGUUGUUUCAAGGUUCUCCAUCUGCACGUAGGAAGCUAGAGUUUGUGCAAGAAAGCUAUACUAGAUUCUUUCUUAUGUGUUCUUUAUUUUUAAAUGAAGUGUGUUCAGUAAAAUGAAUCCCUACCUUCAGUUCAAUGUUGUGUACUUUAAACAUAGUAUCAAUAACAGCUAGAUUGCAGGUUGUUAUAAAAAGGCAUCUCUAUAACCACCGUUGUGUAUCUGCGUUAAUGUAUAAAUCUUUGCUCCCACUGGAUCCUGUAUACUAACUCUUCACCAACAUUAUUAUAGAAAAAUCAAUGGUUUCUCUUCUCUGAGCAGCAAUAAUAAAAUGUAAUUCAGAGGAGGUAGGAAGUUUGGGUAAUCUUUAUAAUUAAUAUUGAAACUAAAUAGAUGUAAGAGUGCGCAAAUAUAAUUGUAUGCAACAGGUUAGCAUGUAUAAUAAUGACAGUUACUCUUUAUAAUACAUUAACGAGUUACACAUUUUUCCAGGUCAUGAAAAAUACAAGCCAAAAACAACUAGGAGAGCCAAGUUCAUAACUCCUUCCAUUUAUGCACAGGGCCUCAUUAUAUUUCCAAUAUUAUAUUUGCAAAAAUCCAGGUAAUUUUUCAGAACAACAUUAUACUCUGGUAGUAUCCUAGAGCAAGAACAAAAAUGAAUCCUAUGACAUCCUGAAGACCUACAUCUAAUAUAGCAUAGAUUUUUGUGGAUAAUAUUGUUAGAUAUCUGGAAUAGAGAGAAGAGUACUAUACAUGCACAGCCAUUUGGAAGAAUAGGUUAAUGGAGAUGGUAGAAAGAAAGGUCAGGAACACUGAAAGCUAUUUCUAGAUACUGGCCAAUAAUUCAAAAAUUAUCAGUAAUUUAACAAAAGAUCAAGGGUUUUCUUAUUACACUGCAUGUGUUAAAUCAGCUCAUCAGUGUAAGAAUAACUGCCACAUUCAACAGUUCUGUUAAUGGUUGAAGAGUGAUUUAUUUAUAUUUUAUUUGCAAAGUUAAACUAGCUGAAGGUAGUUAUUCAAGCUAAACUAUAUUGCUUAGACUUUGGAAUUAUUUAAAAAUGGUCAGAUAGAUGGUUGUGAUAGCCCAGCUGUCUAAUUUUUUAGGGAUGAGAGGGUGAUUUAUUUGAUCCUUUUUGUGGCUAGCUUUUUAGGCUGUGCUGACCUCUUGUAGUAUAGCAGCUGGUUCUGUCCAGUAGUUUUAUCUUGAUGCAAAUUGACUUAAGCAUGCAGAAUGCAUUGUGGAGAUUUCACUUCUGCCACUGCUAUUUGUAGCUUUGUCCAGAGGAGACUUAUUUUCUGUGAACAGACUGAAUCCAUGCAGUUUGGGGGGUGGGGGUGGGGGUAAGCUGUGCAGGUUGAAUUAGUAUCAAGCUGUGGAUUUAUAAAUGAGAAAUCAUGCUUGUUCAGCCCUUGAAACUUAGCUUGCUGGAGAACACUAAAGAAGAGAAUUAGUAGUGGUACAUUUGUUCAUGAUUUAAAAACAACAACUCUGCAUUUUCUUCAAUGUUGCAAUCACCCUAUGGUGUGGAAUUAGAUUACAAUCCCAGAAGCCUUAUUUGUUUGAGCAGCCUUCCCCCAAGAUAGAGCCCUUUAGAUGUCUUGGACUCCAUCUCUUAGACUGAGGCUGCCGCCUUUGAUCAUGUUCCUCAGCCAGGUCUUUCGCUAUGGAAAAAGAUCUGUGCAUGGCAGACUAUAGGGAGCAUGGCAGGGAAUCUGUUAUGUAUCUGCUACUGUAGAGCAAGGAAUUGGAUGGGACUUACGUAUGUGUGUGUGUGUGGGUGGGUGUGUUUAUAUGUGUAUGUGUGUACAUCCUUUUGAGCUGUGCCUGCUUCAGAAGCACUAAUAAACAUCCUGACUAUAGCACUUGUGUCCUUGGGAAUUUUUUGGAAACUACAACAAAUGGGUUAGGGUUAGGUAACUGCUACCAGCUCUCCUGUGAUUAUUUGGAAGCCUCAGCCUCCCAACUAUUUGCCUUCAUAUUCCCCCUUUCCUUCCUUUGAUUCAGUUAAUGACCCAAGAAUAUUAUUUCAAGAGACUGUUCUUCCCCAAUAUAUGAUAUGCACUGAAACCUAAAUUAUUUAACUUGUCAUUAUCAGCAAAAAGGAGCCUAAAAGUUGGUAUUCCUCAAUCUCUGCCCCAAUUGUCACAUUCUAGCUCAUGCAACAGCAGGAAACUUGGGGCCCUCCCAGCGUUGCUGAAUAUGGUUAACAUGGCCAGUAAUAAAGGAUGCUGGGAUUCAGUGACACUUGGAGCACAUGAAUUUCAGGAGAAAAAUAGAGAAAUCUGGUAGUCGGUAAUAUAGUACAAUUCAAUAUGCCUGAAAAUGUGUAGUUGCUGAUUUAAGCUGACUCUUGCAAAAAUAAUUGAAGUUGGUUAAGAGAAAAUCUAAGAACUUGACAAUCUCUUUAGUAAAGUGUACAGGGUACAGACAUUAAUACCCAACUCUGGCAUUAUAUUUCAGUGUGAGAAGUCAACCCAAAAUAGGCAAAGCAACAAGAAUUUAUUUGAACAUGUGUAGAAUUUUUUUCUUCUACAAUGUUUGGAAAAAUUAGGCGCUGUGUGUAUGGACUUCACUCCCUUUGGGAUGCUCCAUCUAGAAACAGUUGGGCAAUUAUCACAGCAAAUAAAUGCUAUACUGAAAAUUAUUAAAUGAAUCACCAAUGAAGGUUGGGAAAUUUCCCGUCAGUAACGGGAGCAUAAUAUUAUUUUAGGACUGCAAACUAUCCAAGUUUAUGAAUGUGCAAGUCAUUGAAUUUAUUUUGCAGAAGACUGCUGCUCUGGUUAGUUUGCAAUCAACAUCUUUUACUUUACAAAAAGACAUUAGCUGCAUGCAGCCCCUUAGGCCAGAUCUUGUUUUUCCUUUCAUGUCUCCCCUAGUUGAAGGGGAGACAAUCCAAAGUGGUGCCUUGAACAAAUAAUAAAAGGACAGCCAAUCCAGAUGAGGCAAAGCAAUCAGAGCUGAAACAAAACAAAGGGCUAUCCGAUAUUCUGUUUUUCACAGUGGAUAUGGAGAACAUUUUGGAAAGCCUAUAAGACAGUUAUAUUUCCAGCAAGUAAUAUUCUAUAAUGCAUUACUUACGAACUUAGAAAUAGCAGACAGACCAUACAGUUAGCAGCUAUUAAUAGCCUUACUCUUCAUGAAUUUGUCUAAUCUCUUAAAGUCAUGUAAAUCAGUAGCUGUCAUUCAAUUGCAUAGCAUUUUGGUGACAGCAUUGUGACAAAGUUAGACCAGCUGCUUGAAGCUAUGGAAAUGAUCAGCCGAUCCAGAAGAGGAUUAUUGUCAGUAGUUGAAGAACAUGGGGUUGACAAAACAGCACCAGUGCAGAGAACUGGCCAGAAGAGUAUUAUUGGAUCCUAGCAGUCUAUAUUAAAGUGUAUAAUGUAAAGAAUCAAUCUCAAAAUGCUAGUUGCUGAGGCCAACCUUGUUAAGCUACCUGGGAAAUGGGACAGGUGCUGCAAUAUUUUCAUGGGUGGAGUGGUAUUUCCAAAAAGAGCAGUUGCACAGUGUGGAAACCUUUCUGUGUCCCAUUUUGCUACUGGAAAUUGAAAAUGAUAUUCUGACUAUAAUUAAGCCCAGUGAUGGCAAAGCUAUGACACGUGUGUCAAAGGUGACAUACUUACAGUUUGGGUGACAUGCCAAUGUUCACCAAUACCUGACAACAACUGCUCUUGAAAGCACACCCUAUUCUCACAGAGUUUUGGGGGAAUUACUCUGGACAUCAUGCUGCCUCCAGAAUCACUGGGAAUUGUGAGAAUGGGGUAUGCUUUCACACUUUUUGGAGAUUACAGACCCUGUGGAAGAACAUUUUCUGAAGCUGUUUCAAGAAUGAAGGCCUUGUGCGACCUGCA